CGUUGCAUUAACAUUCAUUUUUGCUGUGAUUGUUAUAAAUCAGUGGCAGCAUCUUCACGUGAAUGCAGUCAUAUUGAUGCUGACUUCUUUUUACUUUCUCAGAUCCAAGGAAACCAUAAUCAGAAUGGAUUUAAUGGAAAUGGAUGAGGACACAUCACUCACAAAGGACGGCCUCGCUAUCGAAGGCACCGACAUGCCCCUCCAGCCAGCUGAGAGAAAAAGGAUUUUGCCUUUUGAUUUAGUGGAUUUUCGGAGAAUAAAGCUGUCCUAUAGGUGUGCGACUGUGUGUCUUGGAUUACUGUGUGCUGUCCUGUUGGUUGGUACCACAGGACAGCUUAUUUACCAUGCCAGCCGUCGCACGUCAGACAACACUCAAAGAAAUCGACUACAGAGCAGCCAUGAUGCUCUAACUGCAGAGAGGAAACAGUUGGAGGCCACACUGAGUCACCUGACUAAAGAAAAAGACCAGUUGCAGCAAACAUGCAAUACAUUGAAUAUGACUAAAAAUGACCUUCAGACCAUCUACAACUCAUUGGAAAAUUAUAAAAAUAAGUUACAUAGCGAAUACAUUGAUUUAGCAAGAGGUUGCCUUGAGAUAGCCAAAGAGUACAAGAACAAGAUGGUGAAGACGGCAGUUCAAAUAAGAAGCAUGCCCUGUCAAACAGGCUGGAGGAAGUUCGGUGACAGCUGUUACAUUGUUUCAACUGAGAAGACAAACUGGACAUCAAGCAGAGAGGCCUGCUUUGCAGUGGGAGCAGAUCUGGUUGUCAUAAACAGCAGACGUGAACAGGCAUUUGUCAACAGGUUACUGGAAUCAGGCCAAAAUGCCUGGAUUGGUCUGACUGACCGUCUUAAAGAGGGGACUUGGAUGUGGGUGGAUGGGACUCCAGUCACCACAACGAUCUGGGGGGACGACCAGCCCAACAGCUACAAUGGGAACCAGGACUGUGGAGAAAGUGUGCAAAGAUCAUCGGGAGUGGGAGAUUGGAACGAUGAUGCUUGUUCUGCUGAUCAGAGCUUUAUCUGUGAGCAAUAAGAGCACAACUAUUUACACAGUUAAGCAUGGUGUGUGGCUCUAAACCGUGGUUCUAAUAUAUAUAUAUAUAUUUUUUAUGUUUAAGUCUCGUGAUAUUCUAUGUCUGUGUAUUGUCUACAAACCCCAUGAAAAGACCAAAACCAACAGUGAUUUGAUGCUACUACCAAGUGUUUUCCUUCAUUAUCAUGAAAACAGAAAAUGUAGUUUAUUUUAAGUCAAUGUCACGUACCAGCCUGAUCUCGCAGAAAUAUGUGGAAUGACCACGCCAUGUCAUCACACUGCAUCACAUGGUGGUGGCACCUGUUAAAAUUACGUCCCCACAAAUGCCUUUCAAAUGCCGUGAUUAAUUUGUCAGGAAACAUACAGAAAUGACCUGUGCACCCACUGUUAUACAUUUCUUUCAAAAUCAUCAUAUUUUUAGUUGCAGAGAGCCAAAUCAUACUAUAUUGAUUUUUUUGUUUUUGUUUUCAUGAUUUUAGACAUAUAUACUUUAAUGCAAAUAUGUCUAUUAAUGCAAUUAAUGCAAUUGUACUAUUUAGCUGAUUAUUAUUGUUUAAUGUAAUGGAAUAUGAAUUGCUUUGUUUACUUUGUUGUUUUUUGUUUGUACAAACACAGAUCUUUCUAUCACUGUCUCUAUGCUACAGUAUUUUAUGGCUUUCGGCAUAGCUUUGUAUUUUUUUUAGAUGUGCAUGCAAAUUGUUACCUGUUGGAUUGAUCUAUUAACACUUACUCCCCCUUUAAUAAAAUAAGCUUUUGUUGCAGAAAA